UGACAUUGACGUUUGCGCCGGCAAUGCAGGUUUCUACACCAAUUACUUUGUAAUAAUUCGAAAUAAAAUUGUCCCUGUUGGUUUAAUCAAAUAAGAGUAUUCGAGGAUGUGUAUUUGUAAUAAAUUCGUGAGUAUUGGUUACGAAUAAGCGCAUUUUUUGCUGUUUUGGGGUUCGCAUAAGUGGCGCCAUCUAUCACGCCUGUUUACCUAACCUCACUUUUGGUUUCGCUACGAGUCGCUUAAAAUGAGUAAAUACGCCAAGUACGCCGAUUUAACGAAACUUUCCACAGAAUACGCCCGCAGGAUGUUGCGACUGAGUAAUCGAAUUUUUGGAGAAGUGGCGCGACCGACGAAUUCCAAGUCCAUGAAGGUGGUUCGAAUGUACAGUGAGAAACCUUUGAAUUUGAGGAGAGAAGUCACGCAUUAUUAUCCCCGACACAUCGAAACUGGCUGGCUGAUGAGGUAUUUGAGACACUACGGGCUAUAUAGGGACGAACAUGAAGAUUUCAAAGAGGAAAUGGAGAGGAUGAGGCUGCUUAGGGGCAAGGCGAAGCCGAAAAGACAGCCGGGGGGCAACAAGAAGUGAGCGUAGAUUAGGGAGCGUUGUAAUGUAUAGUGUGUAAUAAAUUAUCGAGAAAAAAGUGGUUUAAA